AUGGUACAACUUCCCAAGUAUCUCUCCGGAGAUCAAGCUUCCAUAAAUGAAUUCCUUGAUAAAUUCGACGUCUUCCUGCUUGACUGUGAUGGCGUCCUAUGGUCCGGAGACCACCUAUUCCCUGGGACGGUUGAGACGCUGGAGUUGUUGAGAUCCAAAGGCAAGCAAGUUGUUUUUGUUACCAACAACUCAACUAAAUCCCGAGCCGAUUAUCAGAAGAAACUCACGUCGAUGGGAAUACCUAGCAGUGUCGACGAAAUCUUCGCAUCCGCAUACUCCUCCGCAAUUUACAUCGCUCGGAUAUUGAAGGUUCCCCCACCAAAGAACAAAGUAUAUGUACUGGGAGAAAGCGGGAUUGAGACGGAGCUUAAAUCGGAAGGUAUCGAGUUUAUCGGAGGAACAGACCCAUCAUACAGGAGAGAUAUCACGCCCGAAGACUACAAAGGGAUUGCGGACGGGUCACUUCUGGACGACAAUGUUGGGAUUGUGCUGGCAGGCUUGGAUUUCCACGUCAACUACCUAAAGCUAUCACAUGCGUAUCAUUAUCUGGCUCGAGGUGCCAAAUUUCUGGUCACCAAUACCGACAGCACACUUCCUUCCAACCACACAUUCUUCCCAGGCGCAGGUUCUAUCUCGAUACCACUUAUCAAUAUGACCAGACAACAACCAACAGCUCUUGGAAAACCAAGCCAAGCUAUGAUGGACUCAAUAGAGGGAAAGUUCCAGUUUGACCGCAAGAGAACCUGCAUGGUUGGAGAUCGCUUAGAUACCGAUAUCAGAUUCGGAAUAGAGGGUAAGCUUGGAGGAACAUUGGCGGUCCUGACUGGUGUGAGCAAGAAAGAUGAGUGGGAGGCUGAAGGAGCUCCAGCCAUCCCAGCCUAUUACGUAGAGAAGUUGAGUGACUUGAGGGGAUAA